AUGAAUCAUGCGCUUCUAGGUAAAUGGCCUUGGAGAUUACAAACUGAAAAAGGGGCGUUGUGGAACAGACUUAUCAAGAGCAAAUAUGGAAGAUCUGAGGGAGGUUGGUGGACAAAGGAUUCGUCAGUCUAUAGAGCUUCUGCAGUUUGGAAAGGUAUUCUGUCUUCAAAAUCAGAAGUGAUUAAAGGUAUAGGUAUUAUAAUAGGUAAAGGUGAUAAUAUGUGCUUCUGGGAAGAUAUAUGGGUGGGGGAUUCUACCUUGAAAAGGGAUUUUCCAAAUAUUUUCCGUCUCUCUACCAAUCAGUCAAUCCACGUGGCUGAUUGUUUCUCCACCACAGGCUGUCAGAUCGUGUGGAAUCCCAUGUGCAGAAGGAAUCUCCUUGACUGGGAGAUCGACGAAUAUGCAGCCCUGCAACGACGCAUCAUCGGUUGCAAGAUUGAUCAGGACAAGGAAGAUAGUCUGCACUGGAGGAUCGACAAAUCCGGAUCUUUCACUGGAGAUUCAUCAUUGUCCCUUUAUCAGCCAUAUCUGGACAGAAUUUCUGUCUCGUUUUGA